ACUAUUCGACUGGCAAUAACAAUCAUGCCCAGUGAAUUUGUACAGUGUACUUCAUCAUUCACUCUGUGCUUCCUACGUCCACUGUGUAGUAAGUCAUCUGCUUCCGCGUACAUUCUUUCAACAUUUUGAGCUAAAAGUAUCAGAUUUAACACAAAGAUGGCAUCCCAAACGCCUACCGUUGUUCCUUUCCCUCAUUUUGACAAGGAUGUUGAUGCACAGGGUCUACGAAAAGCCAUGAAGGGACUUGGUACUGAUGAGAAAGCAAUCAUCAAUAUUCUUUGUUAUCGUACAAACGCACAGAGACAGGACAUCAAACUUCACUACAAGACGGCUUUUGGUCGGGAUCUAUUAGAUGAUCUGAAGAGUGAGCUGAGUGGAGACUUUGAGGAUGUGAUGCUUGGCUUGAUGGACACACCAGCUAUGUACGAUGCUAGAUGCCUAAAAAAAGCUAUGAAGGGUGCAGGUACUGAUGAAGAUGCCAUCUUGGAAAUCCUGUGUGCCCGUAACAAUGCAGAAAUCGCUGCUAUCAAGGAGGCGUACAAGAAGGGCGGCUUUGGAAGUAAGGAUUUGGAGAAGGAUCUUAAAGGUGAAACAAGCGGUGAUCUGAAGCGACUUCUUGUUGGCCUCUCAGUGGGAGCUCGUGAUGAGGCAGCAUCAUGUGACCCAACUAAAGUGCAGGCCGAUGCCAAGGCACUCUAUGACGCUGGGGCAGGUCAGCUUGGGACCGAUGAGUCCGAGUUUCAGCGGAUCAUCGUCGGGCGGAGCAGGAACCAUCUUCGUCAAGUAUUCGCUGCUUAUGGAUCGUUGACGAGUAAAUCCAUCGAAGAUGCGAUCAAGAGCGAGAUGUCUGGGAACGUCGAGACUGGCUACCUCAAUCUUGUUCGAUUCAUCAACAACCCCCUUGAGUACUACGUCAAGAAGCUUAACAAGGCGAUGAAAGGUCUAGGCACGGAUGAGGCAUGUCUGGUCAGGAUCUUCGUCAUGCGCUGUGAGCAUGACCUGGGUGACAUUGCUCACAGCUACCGAGCCCACCACGGCACGAGUCUGGUGGAUGCCAUCAAGAGCGAGGUCAGUGGAGACUUCAAGCGAGCGCUGGUGGCUCUUCUCUCUUAGAUUCAAUUCCUUUCUCAUUCCAGGCUGAUUAGAUUCGUAGAUAGUCGAUUUUUACUCCUCAAAUAAUUUAUCCCUUAAACCAAAGCACUGAUAAAAAAAAACAUAGGAAGAAGACCAUGUUUGUGGCAUAGCAGUGUUAGUUUUCAUAAUUAUGCGAUCAUAGUGAUGAGUCGGCACCCAUAAAACAAAAUGCACCUCUGUGUGGCGGCGACAGGUAAAUAUUUAUGGUAGGCCCAAAGGUGCCGUGUAAGAUUGCAACCAACAACCUGAAGCUAUUCAUCGUUGCCUUAGGGGCGCAAAGUCAAUAUUUUCCCUAAAAUAAUGUGUAGAUGAGAGCAGAGCAAAAAAUGUUAAGCAUAAUUGGUUCCCUACUCUCAUCCAACUUAUGCACUCGGGGGAUUGAUACAACAAUAACACAGGGCAAAUAAUGGAAGUUACGUACCAGAAUUGAAAAUGAUAAUGACAAUAGAAUCAGUUUUCAAUGUAAAAAAGUUAUCUACCCGUGAACAAGUGUUCACAUCUAAGGAUUAUUUUGUUCGAAACUGGUAUUCUAUUUUUAUAUACAGGUGGAGGUAAUAGCAAUAUUAAAUGAAAUAAUUAUAUGGUCAUCAUGAUCGUGAUUACAAAGAAUGUGAACAUUCAAUUAUUUUAGUGUUAUGAAAUUAUAAUUAUAUUUUAUGGGGAUGAUUGGUUGAGGUGCACUUUAGAUAGUAAACUCAUGAUCAUGUACACAAUUUCGUCGAAGGAAUUAAAUACUUUGUUUAUUUUUGUAGAGUUAACAAGUGCCGUAAAGAUGAAGUCUUUCAUAAUUCAUGA